AUUUCAGCAGACGGUGGAUGUUUUGUAUAUCAUGAGACCAAUGACUGCAAAUAUAGAUAAUUUAUACUAUUGCAAAUUCUAUUUAUGACAUAUAUUGAGCUAAUUUUUUUAUCACUUAAUUGAUUAAGAAUGGCAGACGACGAUAUUCCAUUGGGUAUAAUUUUACGUAUUUCUCUUGAAAAUUUUGUAACUUAUGACAGUGUCGUUAUAAAACCUGGAAAAAAUCUUAAUUUAAUAAUUGGUGCAAAUGGUACUGGAAAAUCAACAAUUGUUAGUGCUAUUGUUUUGGGAUUAGGGGGUAAUCCUAAAGUUAUUGGUCGAGCUACAAAUGUUGGUGACUUUGUUAAGGCAGGUGAAAGUAAGGCUACUAUUGAGAUUGAUUUAUAUAGUGGUUGCGAUAAAUGUAUAACAAUUAGAAGAUCAUUUGAUAUUAAUAAUCGCACGACUUGGAUGAUUAAUAACCAAACUGUUACUGGCAAGCAAGUAGCGGAGUUAAUGAAAUCUUUCAACAUUCAGGUUGAUAAUCUUUGUCAAUUCUUACCUCAAGACAAAGUACAAGAAUUCUCAAAUUUGUCACCACACGAACUUCUCAUAGGAACUGAGCGCUCAGUUGGCGAUCCAAGUUUAUUAGAAAAUCAUUUGAAAUUAAAGGAACUUAGAUUAAGACAAGCUGAAUUAGAAAAGGAGCUGGAAAAUCAUACUCGUCUUCAAACUAAAGAAAAGCAAACCUACGAUUCAUUAAAAGAUUCUGUAGGACAUAUAAAUGAACAAAAAUUAAUUAAGAAAAAAUUAAAGACACUAAAACAGAAAAAAGCUUGGAUAUUAUAUCAAAACAAACGAGAAGAAUUCAUAACGGCAAAGAAAGAAAAGGAUAAAGCACAAAUAAAGGCAAAAAGAAUAGAGGAGAAAUUAAAACCCAUUCAAGAGGAACUUUCACAGUUAAUAGCUUCUAUUCAAAAACUUGAGCAAGAUGCCAGACAGGAUAAUAUCGAGGGUCGCGAAAAAAUGACAAAAUUAAAUAAAUUGUUGGAUGACAUAGAGAAAUAUGAAAAAUGUGUCGACGACAUUGAAUUACAACACGAACAAGCAAUUAAGGAAGAGCAAGAGUCUGAUAAGCGUAUCGAUCAAAUGAUGCAACAAAAUAACAAAAUAGAAAACGAUUUGCAGCAUUUUAUCGAUGAUGUUGGCACAAGUGAAACGAUACAAUCUAAAUUUGAUUCAAUAACUAAGACAAUGAACCAACAAAGAAAUAUUACGAAUGAUCUUAGCAUGCAACAGAAUUUGUUCAAGCAACAAAUAGACACUAUUGAGAGAAAAAUCAUAGUCGAAGAAAAAAACCUUCAAGCGGUUAAGGAUAUUGACAAUAAACGACUUGAGUUAUUACAAAAGUUAAGUUCCGAUGCUUACAAAGGGAUUUUAUGGUUAAGAUCUAAUAAACAUUUAUUUUCAAAACCUGUACACGAGCCCAUGUUGCUUCAUAUUAAUUUAAAAGAUGCAAAGUAUUCAAAAUACUUUGAAAACAUUAUUCCACAAAGAGAUUUGAUUGCUUUUAUUUGUGAAGAUAAAAAUGAUAUGAAUUUAUUAGUGAAAUAUCUUCUAGAUCAACAAAAGCUGAAAAUAAAUAUUGUACAUUCCGAUCCUGAUAAAGAGACGUGCAAUGAGCCACGUAUACAAUUACACAGUAUUCAAAAAUAUGGCUUUGAACACUAUUUGGUAUCUCUUAUCGAUGCUCCUAAUACUAUUUUAAAUUAUCUAAUAAAUAUGUAUAGGAUAAAUGAAAUUCCUAUUGGAAACGAUAAUAUUGCAUUAAAUUUGGAGCAAAUACCAGAUACUUUUUUUAGAUUUUUUAGUACUAAUAAUUCAUACAGCGUAAGUAGGUCUAAAUAUACGAGGGAAAAAAGUAUAAGACAAACAGCUAUUUCAUCAAGAAAUUUAUUGUCGAUUACGCUUGAUAAAGAGAGAAUUCAGAGCAUACACGAACAGAUGGCUAUGCUCGAUGAGAAGCGAAGCGCACUCAGCCAAGAGUUGGAAAACUUGAAAGAGAAAUAUAUCGAUGCACAUAAGCAAAUUGAAAGGCUGAAAGAGGCCCGAAUUAACUUACAAAACAAUUUGCAUAAAAUAAAAGAUUUAAAAAUCAGAAUAAAUAUGAAUAAUACUAAUAUACAAAAUUUACAAAGUAAUCGAAGAAACAUAGAUGAAAUCCAUGCGCAAUAUAAAGCAGAAAUUCAGGCUGUAAUAUUGAAACAACUUCAAUUUUAUCAACAAUAUAAUAAGGUACUCAAUGAAUGUUACAAGAAUAUUCUUAUAAAAGAGGAAAUAAAGCUUAAAAUUAAAUUGGAGAAAAAUGUAUUGGCCAUUAAAGAAAAUGAUUCUCAAGAUUUAAUUGAAGAAUUUACUUCUGCCGAAAAAGCUUAUAAAUUGCUAGAUAAUGAGUUGGCACCGUUAAAAAUUGAAGUCAAGAAUUUAUUUGAAUUAGCUAAAGAAAGCACUGGAGGUGUUUCUUACGACGAUCCCAAAUUUACGCCAAUAAAAAAUGCUUUCGCCAAGCUACCAGCUUCCAUAGAGGAAAUAUUUGAAAAAAUUGAAACUACUCAGGCACAGAUUUUUUGCAUUUCAAAUAAUCAACAAGAUUCUAACAGAGUACUGGAACAAUUUAAUACUGCAAAAACGCAUUUAGAAACAUUGAAUGAGAUCAUUAGGCAAAAGGAUCAAGAAUUAACGAAUAUUACCGAACAAAUUGAGAAAAUAAAAGACAAAUGGCUCCCACAGCUGACAAAUCUUGUUGAACAAAUUAAUAAUAAUUUUAGCGAUUACUUUACAAGGAUGAAAUGUGCUGGGACGGUGUCUAUAAUUAAUGGAGAAAAUCCCAUGGACUUUGAUAAAUAUGGACUGAAAAUUAAAGUGAAAUUUAGAGAUGCCGAUGAGUUACAGGCACUCACACGAACUCAUCAAAGUGGUGGUGAACGAGCAGUGACCACUGCAACGUACAUGAUAGCAUUGCAAAAAUUAACAACAGUCCCCUUUCGCUGUGUCGAUGAAAUUAAUCAGGGCAUGGAUGCUAUUAACGAACGCAGGGUUUUUGAACUAAUUGUCAACAUUACAAGCAAUUGUAAUAACUCACAAUACUUUUUAUUGACUCCCAAGUUGCUGCCUGAUUUGAAAUAUAACGAUUCCAUCACGGUUUUAACGGUAUUUAAUGGAAAAUUUAUGGCGCCUUGUUCACAAUUUGAUAUCUCUGAGCAAUGCAAUAAUAUUAUCGAGACCAUUAGAAGACGACAAACUCCUAUUAAAUAAGCAUAACAUAAAUGGUCAUUCGAUACUAGCAAUUGUAAUAUAGUAACAGAUGGUCGAUGUACAUUUCUUAUACUUUUACGAUAGUAAAUAAAUUAUUUCAUUUUUUAUAA